CAGGAUCCCGCCGCUGCCGCCCCGCUGGACGAGGAGGGUCGGGUCAAGCGCAUCCGGGCGCUGCAAAAGAAGCAGCGGCAGAUCCAGGAGCUCAAGGACAAGCGGGCGGCGCAGGGCGAGAAGGCGCUCACGCCGGAGCAACUGGAAAAGCUAGCUGGGGAGGCGGCCGUGCUUGAGGAGCUGGCUAAGCUGGGAGCCUGAUGGAUGCGGGAGGAGGCGAUGGGGAACGGAGCUGUAUAUGGGUGACCCAUCGCUCUGCUGAGUGCGCUGCGCGCGCGCUGUACGGCUGUUUCUGUACGGCUGAUUUGUAAGCAUGCCCCGUGAUGCAGACGUGCAGUCACACCCUUAGAGUCGUAAUCUUCUGCGGUAAUGUUUACGAGAGCGUCCAGCAUUCCUUUACCACACGCAUGCGCUAAAGCGGGUUAAGCUGGCGCAAGCAUAAACCAGAACUACUGCGGUUGCCAAGGAAACGCGUACAGAUAGCAAAUCCACAAACAAACGCGUAACGAAGUACAAUGCUCCAAUUACGAAGCAGUGUUCGCCGGCCUGUGGCUGGGGCAGGACGCUGGCAAGCAGUUGCGCCUUUUAGCUCGCGAAUAGCCAUGCACAAACCUCAAAUUAUUCGGGAUCGACGCAUCGCUCGUAGCACGGCGGACAGAGCUUCGCUGGACAGCGAUGUUUCCAUCGCCGAAUUAGAAGCCGAUCUCAGCCUGGCUCUGGCGCAGGAGGAUUACAAGCUUGCUGCCAGGCUACGUGACGCAAUCCAACAAAAGCAGCAAGUCAGCAAGCUGGCAGUUGAAGACGCCAACCGCCGCUUCUAUGAUGCGUUCAUGUCUGGGCGAGUAGAGGAGAUGGCCAAGGUGCUGGGCGAGGGCGAGCAAGUGCAGGUGGUGCACCCCGGCUCCAGCUGCAUCGCGGGCAGGGAGCAGGUUCUGGCCAGCUGGGGUGCGGUGCUGCGGCACGUGCGGCCGGGGGCCUUCAAGCUAGUGCUGGAGGACGUGCGGGUGCACGCGCGGGGCGACAUGGGCUUCGUGACGUGCGUGGAGGUGGUGGAUGCGGACGACUCCAGGGGCAGGAUCCUGGCGACCAAUGUGUUUGAGAAGCAGGGCGGCGUCUGGCGCAUCGUGCAGCACCACGGCUCCACCGCGGCGGGCCGCUUCCGGUAGCUGCCUCCCCCCCUCCUUCCCCUCCUACACACCGCACCGUACACCACUCCCCCUCCUCCGCCGCACCUCCACUACCACCGGCACCCCUCUUCGUCUCCUUCCUCCUGUUCCUCCGCUUCCAAGCUUCUUUUUCUCCACCUUCCUCUUGCCUCCCUCUUCCUAGUCUUGCCGCUGCUGCACCUCCGUGGUCUUCCCAGCCGCCUGCCCGCCCAGCCACCCACCCAGUCAGUCAGCCAGUCCGUCACCCCCCAGUCAGCCCACCGCCACCCAUGUCACGUCGCCAGCCGUCGUGACGCAACAACUAGUCGCACACGCCCACCCCCGCACACCGCAGGAUUAGGGUUACGUCCGAUGCCAUUCGCGUGUCCACCCCAGCCUAAGCACAAUGCUGCGCCGCCCGCCCAGGACACACCGCCCAAGGACGACCCCACACCUCCACAAGAGCGUGUCACAGACUGCCAUAAUACUGGGCUGUGCACAGCGCGGGAACAUGUUCUAUGUGUUUGUCGUGUAGAGCAGGUUAUCCUUUAGGCCCAACGGCAGCGUGGGUAUCCAAGUGCAUUCGAC